UCCGCCCCAUCUAAAAAAGGAUGGUGGUACACAAGUGGUCCUAACAAAAUAUUAAAAGGGGAUAGGGUGCACGGCGCAUGUGCACACCAAAGCUGAGCUUUCAAGUCAAAAGCUCGUGCCCGUGUGGAUCCGGUGGACAUCAACCCGCGCUUCGUGACACGCAGCAUCUGCUCGCGCGCAGUGCCGUUUUUUUUUUUUUUACCGCAGUGCAUCUGCAGCGUCCUCUGCGCGCGCGCGGCUGAUUCACGCGGAACCGAGCUGCGCGCGGACGCUUGUAUUUCCAUCCCUGGUUGCGGUCAUUUUGCUAUGAGCGCGCGAGCGGAACGUCGCCGCUACGCGCACGGGGUCGUUAGAUAAGCGAUUGUUUUCGUCCGGACAGGCCGGGAGGCCCACCUUAAUUAAACCGACAGGUUCGGUUCUGAACGCGCAGCGGUGCUGAUGCACCGGGUGCUGAGGGAUGUUGUUGUGAUCCACGUGAGCAUCAGGACCUCAGGGACGAGUUUCAUCGAUCUCAGGAUCUGCGUCAAUCGUGAGUCUGAUACCUGGAUUGAGCCAAAGACCUGAACCAGCUGGAUUCUGAGGAAGACGACUGUGAGGAAGGCCUAUGCACAAACUCAGCCACGUGCAUGUUUAGUCUUCUGCUGCAGAUCAGCGGUUUUCCUCCUCAAAGCUGUGCAAAUAUCGCUUUAUUAAAGCUGUCCAGUUUAUGAGCCUCAUAAAUCCUCAAGCUGUCCUCUUACCUGGAGACAUGGCACCUGUGCACCUGCUGCUCCUUGCUCUCCUCUGCCCCCUGAUCGACCACUGCGAUGGCGCCUGUGCAGAAGUGGACUCUGACACAGAGGCCGUGGUGGGCCGUGGCUUCAAGCUGGGCUGCAUCUCCUGCAAGAGGAGGAGCGAGGUGGAGGCGUUCGCCACUGUGGAGUGGUAUUUCAGACCCACAGGAGAGGCUGACUUUGUUCAGAUCUACAGCUACAACGAGGGCGUCGCCACCAUCGAACACAUCGACUUCUCUGAGCGCAUCGACUGGAACGGGAGUAAGAGGAGCAAUGACAUCCAGGAUGCCUCCAUCUACCUGCUGAACGUCACCUUUAACGACUCGGGCACCUACCAGUGCUUCUUAUAUCGCACCCUCAGCUACGACAACAACUUUCAGAAAAGAGUUAUCGUGGGCAAGGUGGUCCACUUGACGGUGGUGGCUAAAGCCACCAGGGGAACAGCGUCCAUUGUGUCAGAGGUUAUGAUGUAUGUGUCCAUCAUCGGCCUGCAGGUCUGGCUCCUCAUAGAGAUGAUAUACUGCUACAGGAAGAUAGCAGCGGCGGGUGAAGAAGCGCUUCGAGAGGCGGCGAAUGCGGAAUAUCUAGCAAUAGCUUCAGAGAGCAAAGAUAACUGUGCGGGGGUGCAAGUCGGAGAAUAGCACAGGCUUUCUCCAUGGACUGAACACCUCCUUCCAGACUCUGACCAGCAUGGCAAUUGCCUGGGCCGAUUCUUCCACCUCACCUCUAGCACCUCCAGGCAGACAGCAUGGUACCAGCGAGCCCUGUACAUACGCUCUGCCUGUCCAAGCAUGUUCUGCACUUAUGUAAGCAAACAUUAUGCAUCGAUGAGCCACACCGUCAGACACAGGCACAGUGGAUAUUGACGGUUCAAGACAGACUUUCUACAGCAUCCCCCCCCCCGAUGUAAAAGACACCCACCACACGUCCUGUGCUCCCAUUGAUUGUCUCUAUGAUAGGAUGUUUUGGAGUGUAUUUCCAGUACUGAUAGAUGUAUAAUGAGUGACAAAUAAAAAAACUUAGAAAACGA